AUGGCCGAGCAAGAGACCAGCCGUACAUCUCAUCAGGCACGAAAUAAUGCCCCAAACCGGUCUCAAAGUGAGGGCCAGGGUUCAGCAUCGCGUUCCCGGGGAGGCUCAGGUGGAGGACGCCGUAGGGGAAGGGGAGGACGGAAUCGUGGCCAGCGACAGGAUGAUUCAGCACAGGUUCCCGAAGGCCGCGGGAACGCCCCUCAGACAGGGCCUGCCGAUGCCACUAUUGCUGCACAAACCAUAGCCGCCCCCGAAAGCUCGGGGUUUUCUAGAGGCAGAAGAAAUUGGCGAGGUAAUCGAGGCGGUUCUCGAGGGCAAGGAAACCAAGGUAGAGGCGUGUUCUCCAUGGGACCGCAGCGCACUUUUGGCGGACGCUUGACUACAACCGACCAACCGACAGAGAUUGCUCAGGAUGCAUCUUUGAGUGCAAACGCCCCAGAAUUCGUGCCCGGACAGCCUGUAUCCCAGAGGAGUGCCCAACAGCAUCCGUCAAGCACCCCUCAGCCCACAGGCCAAGGACGCUCAAGAAACCGUACGAGGAACCGUAACCAGGACAGACCCCGCCAAGAGGUUCCCAAGUCGACUGCCUCGGAAUUAUGGCAACGGAUCCAGGAAGACAUUGCCAAUUGGAACUAUGAGUGCCGUAUCUGCACCGAAGAGGUUACUCGAAAAACCGAGGUCUGGUCGUGCACUACCUGCUGGACCGUUGUUCAUCUUGAAUGUGCCCACCAAUGGUGGGAUACGUCCAUGAAAGUCAACGAGGAGAGCGGCGACAAAUCUUGGCGUUGCCCAGGGUGUAAUUCAACGUUGAUAGAAGGACCAGGCGAUAGUUCGUGUUGGUGUGGCAAAGAAACGCAGCCCAGUCGGAACAGCAUUUUGCCUCCUCAUUCAUGUGGGCAAACAUGUUCCAAGCCCAGAUCGACAUGCUCCCACCCAUGCACUCUUCAAUGUCAUCCUGGCCCAUGCCCUCCGUGCACCCACUCCCAGCGAAAGAACUGUAGGGAUACCGAUUACUACAACGGGUGGAGUUGUCGAGAGCGUUGCGGCGAUUUUCUACCUUGUGGUCAGCAUGAAUGUCCUCAAACAUGCCAUCCAGGUGUCUGCGGUACCUGCGAGGUGCCGGUCGAAGCCAAGUGCUAUUGUGGACGAGUGCAAAAGGAGAUGCUAUGUUCCAAACAGGAAGACAUACGCGAUUCGUUCGAUCUCGCCAGCAAUUCCUGGUUUGAAGGCUCCUUUAGCUGCGAGAGUGCUUGCGGAAGAACCUUCGAUUGUGGGGUACAUCGUUGCCAGAUUUCUUGUCACCCGCAAGAAGAGGUCUCGGCCCAUUGCCCUUUCUCUCCGGACGUUGUCACCCAUUGCCCUUGUGGCAAGACACCGCUCAAGGAACUCAUGGAUGAGCCCCGUCAAACCUGUGAAAAUAAUGUUCCUCACUGUGAGAGGAUUUGCGAGAAGAAGCUGGAAUGCGGUCAUCUCUGCCAAUCCUUGUGCCACACUGGGGAGUGCGACCCUUGCACCCAAACGAUGGAGAUUGACUGCCGCUGCGGCCGAGUCAUGGGCGAGACGAUUUGCCAUGAGGGAAAUGUCCAACAUCCCCUAUGUUUCAAGAUAUGCCAGGCUACUCGCAACUGCGGAAGGCAUCGAUGCGGAGAGCAUUGUUGCCCGGGUGAAAAGAAGGCAUCUCAGCGUAUUGCUCAGCAGAAGAAGCAACGCCUGGGCCCUGAUUUGCUACCAGUUGAGGCCGAGCAUAUCUGUGUCGCCGUCUGCGGACGUCCACUUAAGUGUGGCAGUCACUUUUGCGAGCAACUCUGCCACCGCGGAGCUUGCCAAAGCUGUCCCGAGGCUAUCUGGGAAGAAGUUUCGUGCAAUUGCGGCCAGACAGUCUUGCAUCCGCCACAACCAUGCGGAACGAGACAGCCAUCUUGCACUAAUCAGUGCCAGCGGCAGACUGCAUGUGGGCAUCCUUCUGUUGACCAUCAGUGUCAUCCUGAUGAUGUAUCCUGCCCGCCGUGCACAUACCUCGUUCAGAAGCGAUGCAUCUGUGGAAAGACGACCUUUCACAACAAGCCUUGUCAUUUGCAAGAGGCUCAUUGCGGAGAGCAAUGCGGGCAAAAACUCUCCUGCGGGCUCCAUACAUGUAAAAAGCUAUGUCACCGCCCCGGAGAAUGCGGAGACGCUCAAAACGGUUGCGAACAAAUAUGCGGAAAGCCCAAGCUGCUAUGUAAUCAUCCAUGCCAGAGCGUCUGCCAUGGGCAAACUCCCUGUAAAGAAUCAACAGCUUGUCAGGUAAAGAUGUCCACCAGCUGUGCAUGUGGUAAUCACAAGCAAAGUUUCAAGUGCCUAGCAAGUACGAGCAACCCUACUCCGAGCCGACCAGAUAUUCGAUGUGAUGAGGAGUGCGAGCGACUUGACCGUAACCGUCGCCUGGCCGCAGCUCUCAAUAUCGACCCUGCUUCUCACACCAACGACCACAUUCCCUUCUCGGACAAUACUCUAAAGCUCUAUAAACAGAUGCAAUCAUGGGGAGAUGCUCAGGAGAGCCAAUUCCGAGUCUUUGCUGCUAACAAAGAUGAAGUUCGUUUACGAUAUGAGCCAAUGAAGAACCAGUCACGCCAAUUUCUUCACUUGCUCGCCGAGGACUUCGGCUUCGAGAGUAAGAGUGAGGAUUACGACAUUCACCGGUCUGUUCUAGUAUGGAAAUCAGAUAAGUUUGUUUCAGCCCCGACGAAGACACUUGCACAAUGUGUCAAGAUCCGAGCAACCCAAGCUGCCGAAGCUGCGGCAGCGGCAGCCAUUCGACCUCCAAGCCCACCAAUCCUCGAGACUGAGCCCUUCAAUGCUCUGGUACUUACAGAGCCUCGCUUCGGUCUGACCAUCGAGGAAGUCAAUGCCGCCCUCGAGCCGGAUCUCACGUCCCUGCAAGGCUUCAGGUUCAAGGUUGAUUUUCUGAAUGAGGAAGUUCUUAUCAAAGCUUCAGUAUCAUAUUCCGCAUUUCUCACACCCGCACCCAUGGAGAAGAGCCUCGAAAUUCUCAAACCUCGGAUCGAGCAGACUAUCCGUCGCGAAAAGCUCGCUGAAAGCGUCUUGCUCUGUCACUCAGAUGCUAACGGUGCAAUUUCUCGGCGAGAAGUAACCAUCCGGGCCGGCACUGGAGGAUGGAGUGCCGUAGCUGGACGUGCGGCUUCCAGACCAAUGUCCUCGUCUUCUACUCCUGCACCCGAAGAGGCAAAGCCCGGACGCAAACUACUUCUAGGGCUUAAGAAGAAGAGGCCGCAACAGCCGGAGGGGGGAAAGGUGUGGGCCGCUCUUGAUGGGGACGUUGAAUGUUAG